AUGGCAAUUUAUCAUAAUCCAUUUGGUGACGAACUUCCAAAUGCAACAAAAGUAUACAAGUUAUCAAAACAAGAAUACGAUACUUUGUUGGAGGCUAUAAAAAUUGGGUCAUUUGUUGGUUUUGUUGCUGGUGCUCGCAUAAAAAAAUUCAGGCCUGGUGCAACGAUAUUAACAUGUUUUGUAACUACGCUGAUUGGGUCUACUAUUGGAAGUGUCAAUGGAACGGUUGUAGGUUAUAGAACUAUACAAACAUUACCAAAUAAACAGAAUGUUUAUACGAUAAUAAGAGAUUUACACCAAGAAAUGUUAAAGAUGAAAUUACCACGACAUAGCAAGAUCAAAUUAGAAAAGGAAAAGACAGAUCAAGCUACUAAUGAUGGUAACGAUGAUAAAUAUAAUCAACCUGACAUUUUAAAUACCACUUUAUCAGGAAGUUAUGCUGAAAUUGAAAAUAAUGAUUGGAAUAAAACUGAGUCCACGAAUUCAAAACCACUAUCUUCAUGGGAUAGAAUUCAUGAUAAUAACAAUAACAAUUAUGAUUAUGAUAGUAAUGAUAAUGUGAAAAAAAAUCAACAUUAUUUUCCAAGAACAACUGAAGAAUUUAAUAAAACCAGAAAUAAAAAUAUCAAAAGGAAUGAAUAUGGCGACAUUAUAUAA